CACCUCUGGAUUCUCACAUGCUGCGAGGGUGGUGGGUGGGCUGCCAGGGGCAGGUAGGGAAAGCAAGGUCUGCUGUGCCUGCCUGGGACUGGAGUGACUACAGCACAUGUCAGAAAACGUGGAAUAAAGGGAGCAGAGUGACAGGAAAGAUGAAAUGAAGGGAGCAGAGUGGCAUAAAAAUGAAAUGAAGGGAGCAGAGUGACAGGAAAAAUUAAAUGAAGGGAGCAGAGUGUGUGAGGACAAGAAGCAGCUACUGCUGGCACCAAGAGGUGCAGAACAUGACAAGGGAAGAACCUGAGAAAUCUCAGUGUCUGAAUUUGUUCCUUAUUCAUCAGAGCUAGUGAAAGGAGAGGGGCAUGCAGCAGGGUGGGAAGGUGAUCCCAGCAGGAAGGGGCUGAGGCAGGGCUAAUAGAGCUGCUUGUGCUGUCAGGACCAUGUGGCAGAGGUCAGCUGUCAGCAGCCUGUCCCAGAUCAUCCUCUUAGCUGGAGCUGUUGAGCUGAGAUGUCCUAUUCCAUGACACAGGGCAGAGCCCCUUGCUCUGUGCAGUCAGGAGCAGGGCUGGGGGCACACUGAGCAGGCUCAGCCUCUUCCCCCUGCAAGCUCCUGCAGGUUUUGCUCGCUGAUCCCUGAGCUGUUCCAGGGCUGAAAGAAACGAUUCUUUUUCUUAUGGGUCUUGUGCCAGAACUCGGGGCUGUGUUUGUGACAGCAGCUUCCCUCCUUCUGUCGUGUGCCAGAAGUGUUUUUGUUGUCCUAAUCCCCAGGCUCGGGGACUUCAAUGGUGGUGGAGCCUGAGCUGCUUUCCGGCCUGGGAGCAGCUCUGUGCUCCAGGUCCCUCUGCUUGGUUACAUCAAUUCGUGGAAAUCAUUGUGGUGCUCUGCAUGCUGAGCUCAGGUCGUGUCCCAGAUGUUUAGUUUUGAUUCCACUUUUAACUUUCAGCUCCAAAGGAUUGUUUCCUUCUCUUCUCUCUCUGUAGCUCAGGGGAUUUGGGCUGCAUGUUUGCAUUUCCAGUGUCGCCUUCCACCUUCCUGCCCUGCUGGUGGGAGCACUGCUGAAGGCUGCUGUGGCGAGCAGGUGGCACAGGGCAGUGGUGCAGGAGCAACUGUCACGUUGGGGAUCUGCUCAGGCACUGAGUGAAGGGUCAGAUGGUUCCUUCACCUCUUCCCCUGUCAGUCUGGGUGCUGAGGGCUCAGCUGCGAGGUGAUAGCCACUUCCCUGCCCUGCCCUGCAACAGCUGAUGGGGCAGGGGCAGCUGCUUAAGGAGUGGCCACUGCCAAGAGCAGCAUCUGCCAUGGGGGUACAAAGCUGAUGAAAUCCUGCCUGUCUGCACCUCCCUGUGCUGCCAGGGCAGGCUGUCAGGGUCACAUCAAGGCAAGCCCCCUUCAACUUGCCAUGGUGGAUGCCCUGCUUGGAAAGAGGGUGGCAUGCAAGAGCAAACAGCUAGUAAGAGCAGCCCAAGGGAGGAGAGGUGCAGGCUGGAAAUAGUCCCUUACAUAAAGGGUGCUUCAAGCUCAUUAUGUUCUUAAGGAGCCGACACUUGGCCGCCUCCGACUCCGGGUGCAAAUCACAAUCUGAUCAGCAAUCGGCUUUGGGACCCUGGCAGGUGCCACAUGGCACCAUGACACAGCCAGUGCCCCUUGGGCAGCAGCUCACCACUGCUCCUCUGAGCCCACAGCACUUCUCCCAUCGCUGUGCAGCCGGCGGCAGCAUUCCCAUGGAGCCGGAGCUGCCAUCCCCCAGCCCCUAGGGGGAAUCGGGGCCUCAGAGGGCCGGGCAGCAUGAGGCAGCUGGCAGAGAGACGUGCCAGUCUCUCGGCCAGCCUCAAGAUCGGGGACCGGCAGGGCUGCUGCCACAGGACGCCAGAGGAGGAGGAAGUCCACAUCCCCUUUGCACAGGACAGCCUGGUGAAGCGAUGGAGCUCCAUGCAGAACGUGGCAGAUAUGGGCCAGGAGGAGAGCAAAGCUCCCAUCCAAAGGAACAAGUUCCUGCUCAACAUUAACGUGGGUGGCAAACUGUUCCAGAUCGCCUACAAGGUGGCAGCCCAGUACCCCAUCACCAGGCUGGGCAAGAUGGCCCUUUGCACAGACCCCAUGAAGAAGCUGCAGCUCUGCGACGACUACUCGGUGCAGAGGAAUGAGUACUUCUUUGACAGGGACCCUUCCAUCUUCCACUACGUCUUCCACUUCUACCGCAGCGGAGUGCUGUGGGUGAUGGACGAGAUGUGCCCCAGCAACUUCGUGGAGGAGAUCGAGUACUGGGGGAUCCACAUGAAGUACAGCCAGCGCUGCUGCCGCAUCCUCUUCGAGGAGAAGCAGGACGAGCUCAGCGAGUACCUGAAAAUAGAGAAGGAGCUGGAGGCAGAACUGGAGCCCCUGGACUCAGCGAGGCACUUUAAGGGCAAAUUCCUGGGGCGGUUCCGGGGCAUGGUCUGGGACCUGAUCGAGAACCCCUACUCCUCGGUCGCGGCUAAGAUCAUCGCUGUCAUGUCCAGCCUCUUCGUGCUCAUCUCCAUCGUCAGCAUGACGCUGAGCACGGUGGAGGAGAUGCAGCACAAGACAGGGAAGGUGUGGAUGGAGCAGCUGGAGAUGGUCUGCGCCAUCUUCUUCACCUCCGAGUACCUCAUGCGGCUCAUCUCCUCCACCAGCCUCAAGAACUUCCUGCGCGCGGCGUUCAACGCGGUGGACCUGGUGGCCAUCCUGCCCUUCUACAUCCAGGUCCUCUUCGAGAACCUGGACGAGGCAGACACGCUCUACCACGAGGAGCUGCACAAGGUGGAGAACGUCAGCAAGCUGGGCAAAGUCCUCAAGCUCAUCAAGCUGAUGAGGAUCUUCCGCAUCCUCAAGCUGGCACGCCACUCCACCGGCCUGCGGGCCUUCGGCUUCACCAUGCGCCAGUGCUACCAGCAGGUCUGCUGCCUCUUCCUCUUCAUCGCCAUGGGGGUCUUCACCUUCUCUGCCCUCAUGCACUCGGUGGAACACGACGUGCCAGGCACCAGCUUCACCAGCAUCCCCUACGCGUGGUGGUGGGCAGCGGUCAGCCUCUCCACCGUGGGCUACGGAGACACCGUGCCCGACACGGUGCUGGGCAGGAUGGUGGCGUUUGCCUGCAUCUCCUUUGGCAUCAUCCUCAACGGCAUGCCCAUCUCCAUCCUCUACAACAAGUUUUCUGACUACUACGCCAAGCUGAAGGCACACGAGAUCGAGAGCAGCCAGUCGCUGAAGCUGUCCCGGCGGAUCCGGCUGAAGGAGCGAGUGCUGCGGAAGCUGUCCGAGUGCUACAGAGCCGACCCCCGCCCCCCGCGCUGACCCCCGCCUGCCCCCGGGCACCCCUCCGCCCUGACCUGCUCUGCCCUCCAGCCUGGCCACCCCUCGGCAGCUCCUGGCCACAGCUCCGGCAGGAUCCAGGUGAAGCUGCUGCCGUGCAGGUGCCCCUGCCAGCCUGGGCUGGCUGCAGGGAUGAAGUGGCUGCGGUGAGCUCCCUCGGUGCCACCUGCUGGGCUCUGCUGUGCACAGAGCGGUCGGUAAAGGACCAGCUAAGGAGCAGGCUGCGUGGCCAAGGCAGGUUGUCUGGAUGUCACGGUCUGGGCAUGGGGCACUCUGAGGACACAACUGGUGAGAUGCACAGGGCUGGACUCUGUCACCUCUCUGUGGACACCCAUGAUGAGCUCAGCCCAGUGUGGCACCAGUGCAGGUGCUGCUCCUGGGCUGGGUGAGACACACACAGGCUCCUCCAUCCAGGCAGUGGCCCAGGAUCCCACAACUCCUUCCCAGAUUAACAGAUUUCUUACCUUCCCUGGCAGCUUGGGGGCAUGGUCCUGGCUCAAGAUGCUGCUGGGAAGCAUUAGGCACUCUGGGGGUGCAGAGCUGGUGGCCCCAGCACCCCCAGGAACAGGCAGUUAAUAAAGCAGGU